AUGCCGCGUUUGAAACAAAGCACCAGUGCCAUUGGAAUGCGCCACGCUAUUCCAAUCCUUCACGACAUGGAGCCCGAACCAAGUGAAGUUCCUGUUCCCGGGGAUCAGUCAGUGUCGAUUGAGCCGGAUGAUCUCGUUGAAAGCGUGGGCGAUAUGCAGCAUGGCCUUGUAGUCGUCCCGAAUGAAGACGUCUUGCACAAGGCUUCUGUCACUCUCGAACAAGAAGAACCAGAGUCCGCCGACAUUAUCGCCGUAGGAAAUUCUGAGCACCAGCAGCUGGGUUCCUCGGAAAUCAAAGUCGCUAAUUCGCCUUACGUAGUUCCUGAUCCACGCCCGUCCACGAUUGUACCUGUAGCAAUGGAUUCCGAUGCUGGUGACGCGGACAAGCUUGAAGCCAAGAUUCAACACAUAUCUAUCGAUGGGGCAGCUAGUCAGGGUGCAGAAAUCGACCGAGAUGCAAAAAUGGAGAUUGAACGCAGUCCCGUGCUGGACUUGACUGAUUCCUCAGAUGGCAAUAUCGAAGCCGACGUCGGCGUGGCCCAAAUGAAAGAAGUUUGCACUCAUUUUUCAGAUCCGCGUGAAUUGCUGCAAAGCGAAGAAGGUCUUGAAGACGGGGAAACGUGCAGAGUAGUUCGUGGCCAUUCACACAUCUCUGCUAGCAGCGAAGUCCCUCUUGAAUCCUCAUACGCCGGGAAUGUGGCUGAAGGACGCGUCAAUGCAGCAAGUUUGAUCGGUGCCACGGAAUCAACGACAGCCACGACACUCGCAGGACGGCAUUCUGAGGGUCAAGAAGAUUCUGCAUUGGUCAGUGGCUCUGUUGACGAUCAGGAGCCGAUAACGAAUCCAGGGGUUGCUGCAAACGAAGAAAAUGCUUUUGCGGGAAGCGUCCGCGUUCUCGGAGCAACUGAAGACGACGAAAUGUCGGGUCAGAAUCUGGAUGCACCUGUGCUAGAUCAAGUCGAAACAGAGCUCGUUGAGGCUCUCACCAAAGCGGAUGAUUCAGUAUUAAACACAGAUACUGGAGCGACGAUGACACUAGACGGUUUAGCAGAAGGAUUUCCCUACGUAGAAAGUGAAACCAGUUGCGACGAUAUCGCCGUUGGCGACCUUGCAUCACGGUCUCCCCCGAUAGAGACCUCGAUGGUACCGGUGUUGAAUGCCAUUCCCCAGCCCCUGGAAGAGAAUGAAGAUGUCAUAGCCGGAAAUCAGGGUGAAAUGAGCGAAGAAUUCGACAGGCUCAAAGCUAUUCUCCAACCACACGCCGAUGCCCAUACAGCUAACAAUCCUGCAUCCGCUGGCGAAGGGGAGUUGUCACUGGAUUCGUCAGUAGAUACCAUGGAUGGUGCUGAGACUGAAGACCAAUCGGGAGGCGAUGCAAGGUCAGUCCAUCGCGUGAUUACGGAGAACAGUAUUGCAGAGGAAGAAAUGGACGGCGCAAUUGGCCGUCAAGCCUUAGACGAAGGCCCUUUCUCCGUAGAAGAACGCAAAAUUCGUCUACAGGAACAUUCCACGCAAGCAAGCACAACUUCAAUCCCCACAGAAGUUCAGGAAGGUUCUCACAGUCCUCUUUUGUGUGAACUGCAAGUUGAAAAGGAUGCGGAAGGUGGACAAGUAAAUACCUUGCAAAAGUAUGAUUGCGGGACUGCGGGGCAAGCUGUAGAAGCCACGAAUGUUAUGGAGAGUCAAGGAACGGUUCAAAAGGCUGGGGAUGCAGAUGCUGUAGAAGACAAGGAGAUUGCCGACAGUUCGGUCAUCGCGGAAGCAUCGACAGUAUCUGGACCAAAAAACCUCGCCAUUGUCGAUGUGGGCGAUGACUUCGUCGAUCUUGAGAUUGACAAGCAGAUCGAAACGAUUGGUGAACGUGUCGAGAUGGCUCUUGAGUCUCAAGUUGUUACUGUUUUAGACCCCUCUGAGGUACAUAAGGAACUCGAAGCAGCAGUAACCGACGUGAACGUUGAAACGGAUGAAGCCGAAGUCGAAAAUGGACCGGGCAACAUCCGUAUCGUAAUGAGAGCUGUGAAUGACGAUAAGGAUGUGGAGGCAAAUGUUGAUGACCCUUCUGUCACAGAGAACGCAGAAGAGCACAUAUCUGUCAUAGAUGUGCAUGAAAAUUCCAUGACAGACGUACCUGCGAACACCAGCGAGGCCAACGAAAACGCAGAUUCACUCGAUCCGGAAGCAGAUGCAGAGAGGGCUUCUCAGGUUGUAGGAGAUUUAGAUCGAGAAGCCCUGAUGGACGCGAUGAGCCGGGAGACCGAAACUUUGAGAGGCGAAGGCAGUGUAAUGCCUGUUCAUAGCAUUAUUUCCGAAUCGCAAAGGGAACUGGUCUUGCAUGACGAUGAGUUAGUCCCGGGUAAUCUGAACACAGAAGGGGAGAUUGCAGCCUUAGAAGGAAGUGAUGUGAUUCAUGACGGAGCCGCUGCUGCAGAGCAUGACCAGGUCAUAGAGAAUGUCCAACCGAACAGUGAAGAUGUUGCUUUACGGGUUCUGGAGUCUGUCAGCGAAGGCCUACAUGCUGCAAAUGCAGAAGCAACUAUAGAGGCUGUUGAGAUAAAACAGGACGCCAUGCCUGAAGUACCUCCCACAAGCAUUGCGUCGCAACUGAAAGAAUAUCUGAUUGAGAACAGCUCGUCUGUAACAGCUUUGUCAGCUUCGCAGAUUCUUGCGAUGUCAGAAAACACAGGACCAGAAGCGAAUGACGAGAAUAUUGUGUUACAAGGUGAAGGAGCUUUGACUACAGGGAUCGCAACAACGCCGACUUUAUCUUCUACGGAGAGUGCUAUUGCGAGACAGGAACCAACACCGCAAGCAAGUCAAGAGCAUGAUGUGUCCCUUGCCAAAGAAGAUAUGAUUGCGGACCCCUUGUCGGCACCAACACUCCUAACCAUGGAAAGCGAUGGUUUAGCAGACGAUACAGGACCUAAACCUAGUCAUGUAAUCGCUGAGCUGCAAACUAUUGAAGUUGUGCCCGCGCCCAUACAUCCAACACCAGCUAUGGAGAGAGCGAAAGCGGCAUGUACAACUACUUUUGGAACUGGUCUUGAGAAAAUCGCAUUGGGACAUGAGAUAAAAUCGAUUGAAGAGGCACAUAUUAGUUCUGUGGCUCAACCCACGGAGGUCAUUGAUGAAGCAGAGGACUCGGCGUCUAGAGACAAUGACGGCAGUCUCGCAUUGUUAGCAGGGGUAGCUACGGCCAUGGACGAUAUGGCCACACCUGCAGUUCCAGCUUCAGAAAACGAGGACUUGACGAAUCGAAGUAGAACCGAAACAACCCACGAGAAUAUUGCGUUGCGUGUUGGAGAUUUUCUGCCCGACAACGCUUCUCUUGCAUGUGGCGCUAAAUGGGUGGAGCGAGCAGAAAAGGAUGUACAUGAUGGCAGCACUUUGUUGCGCGGCGAAGGGAGCGUGGGUGAGGAGUUUCUCGCGACGCAAGCGGUGCCAAAUAUGCCGUGUGAUGAAACGACACUGGCAGGUGAACCGCAAAACCAUGAUAUGAGAAAUAUGUCGCCCUGCGGUGCAGCAAGCACAAUAGAGGAGGCUCGAACUUUCCCUUCAGUUUCAGGAUUACAGGCCGAUGAAGUGACGGAAGACGUUGUGACUGCACCACUUGAGGAGACCUUAACGUCACAUAGUGAAGACCGCUUUGUUGCUUCGGCCACCACUUCACCAACAGUUCUAACUACGCAGAGCGAUAUAGAAGCAACGAAAACACAGCCUGAGGUGUAUAGCGAAGAAUCUGCAUCCCAUGGUGAAGAAGGAAGGAGUCAGGAGGCUUCGGCUGCAUAUCCAAUAGCAAUUGUGGAGCCCCAGGUGGAAGCCGCAAAAGAAACCGAGACGGAAUCUUUCGAGGAAAGUGGUGUGUCACACGUCGAAAAGGGUCUGGCCGAGGGGGCUUGGGGCAAUUCUUUGAUUCCUGGUACCAAGAAUCAUGAUGUUCCACAGAAGACCGAGAACGAGUCACAAGAAGCGGAGAGCGCAUCUCCACUUGAAGAAUUACAAACUGAGGAAGGGCCGGCUUCUCCUAUUUUUCUACCGACGGAGGUCGGUGAAGUAGCAGAAGAAAGUGCGACCACAGCACUAGAUGAGGAGAACGCUGAGAGGACUGCACGUGAGGAGGCUCCGGCCACGUGUCCAGAUCCGCAAGAAGAGAACUUGAAAGUUGAAGCGGAAACGGAACCAGAAAUGCGACAUAAGGAAGAUACGUUGCGUGGAGAAGAAAGUGUGUGCGGGGAUGUACUAGCUACAGGUACACAUGCACCCACGAAGGGUGAUGAGGUAGUAGCGGAAGCUGUGACCGAUCCGCAAGUGGGGCAUCUUUCUUCAGUUAAUGAGGAAGAUGUGGGGGUGGAGACUCCCAGUGCAGCGACGGUCUCAUCUACAGAGAACUACCAAAUAGUGGAAGGAACCGCACUGCUUGCAAGGGAUGUUGCAUCACGUGAUGACGAAGACUUGAGAAAGCAGGCUUGGACUCGAGCUGCACGUGCAGAUACGCAAACCGGUCAAGACGGAGAAGAAACACGGACCAAGCCACUUGAGGGCAACAAUGCAUCUUCUGCUGACGAAGCUAUGAUUGAAGAAGCUCCAGACACGCCUGCAGUUCUAGCCGAGGAAAAAGCUAUAGCAACAACAGAAACCGGAGCGGAACUACUUGAGAGGACUGCUGCACUACAUGAUGCAGAAUUUGCAAUUCCGGAGGCUUCUGGAACGCCUGCAGAUUCUGGUAAAGAACGCGGUCAAGUGGUAGGGGCACUAAAAACUGAAGCCCAUAACGAGAACCCUGACUCGCUGGGUGAAGGAGAUACGAGCGAAGAGGCCUCAGCCACGCCUUCAGCCGCUUUUGCGGAAAGCCAUAAAUUAGUUGCAUGGGUAGAGUCACAACCGCUUGAGGAGAACGGUGCGCCCGAGCAGAGAAGUGAAGAAAGCGUUUCGUGUAUUGACCAUAGCGCACGAAGGGAGGCACAGCCUCCUCUUUCAGAAGAACAAGCAGAACUGGUUGAAAGAGGAGAAAUUGACGAGCUUCCGCCAGAUGGCGAGAAUGUCGCGGGGCAAAACAAGGAAGCCACAGCCGAGAUCCCAUUGCCCCCAACGGGAAAAGUCGACGCAGAGAGUGGCAGAGAAGGAACCUCUUCGCUAGAGAAUAGCUACCAUGUGUCUACCUCUGACGAUGUCCGCAUUGACGGAGACGAGGAGGCGAGUGAUGGCGAUGCGGCUGCCGAGUCAGUUCUGCAUACAACAGAGGCCGACCUCAGCAACAAUGUUGAUUCCGCCACUGUGGUAAGCUCCCUAGAAAAUAAGGCUGAGGCACACAUGCCUCAUGGCGACGAGCUGGUGGGAUCCCACGAAGCCGCGGGUGCGGAAACUGAAAGCGUAAUGGAUGACGAAGUGGCAGCGAAGGAAUCUGAACAAGGCAGUAACGUUUCAGAACAUGUAGACAGCGCAGCUGAUGUAAGAAUGGUGACGAGUGAAGGGGAUGGAAGCGGCAUGAUUCGAGACAACGUACCCAUCAAUAUCAGUGAGACUGGUGCGCAAGGCGUAACAAUCGGUGAUGACAUAGGAGCAAUUGAGCAGGCUGGAAGCAUGGCUAUCGGUGGAGUUGCCAACCAGGUCGAUAUCUUGGAGGAUAACCAUCAGGAUGCUGAGACCCAUGAUACCCCGGGGGCCUCUGUGGAGCCCAUUCCGGCAAUAGGAGAAGAAUCAGGAAGAAUGGCUGAGAGUAGUGGAGGGGUUGAACGCGAUGAGACUUUAACAAUUCCGUAUGCAAGCAACAGCUCGCUAAGAGAAGAAGGUGAUGCCACAUGCAUACGUGAGAACGAAAUUGACGCUCCAAGGAAUGCUUCGAAAGUCGGCCGAGAUGAAGUCGUACAUUCGACUUUAGCCCCAAACCCUGAAGAAAGCUUCGAAGUUGAAACAGGUCAGCAUGCUAUUUUUGCGGGAGAAGCCCCGUUGCUUGUUUCGGAUAAGCCCAAUGCUUCUGUUCCUACAUCUGCGGAGAGACGCAAGACCGAGAUGACAUUGGAUGAGAAAAAUUGGGAAAGAACGUUUGCCGUCGGUGCUGCUGCGAAAGGGGGUUCGACUACAAUUACGGGGGACAGUGAGAUGAGUCACUCCGUGAAAACAGCUUCAGGCGCUGUGAAUUCGUUGAGCGAGCGAAACACGAGCAUCAAAACAGAGAGCACUUUUGCGCUUGUUGACAAGAUCGAAGAUUUCGAAGUACGUCAUGUUGGUCUCGCUAUGCGUGCUGAGUCUGCAGAUCGUGUUGCACUUGCGGUGUCUCCUAUUAGCAAUAUAUCGACUUCAAAUGUGAAAAGACGCUUCACAGGCCAAGAGACUGUUCCUACAGAUGAAGCAGAGAGUGGGGUAUUGACCCGGGAAAAGGCACUCGUCGUCGAAAACGACGCUGGAGAAAGUCAUUUUGCGCCUGUUUCCGAACAAGUGAGUAAGGCGGCCUCUGCAGCAACGACCGAAGAGAGAGUCAGCCAACAGCCUAUAAUGGAAUCUGGAUACCAGCCGAGUGUUGACUCCGUUAAGGAAGAGGAGUGGACGGGUGCAAUAUCUUCAGAAGGAAUAGGCAAUUUUGAAGCAACGCAAAGGGGUCGUGCCGGGAAAGGCGAGAACGAAAGUGCUGUCCCUGCAGCUGGAGGAGACCCCGGUCAUAUGUUCGGGCGGCGUCACGCAGAUGCACUGACUGGUGACUCAGCCGAAGAAAAUGAGGAGGAAGACGCCCUCCCCGCGAAUGAGGAUGAGACCAUUGCCGACACGGCUGCGGGCAAGCACGAUGAAAUCGCAGAGUCGCAACGAGAGAUUUUUGAAGUAAGCCCGGGCCACAUUGCUCUCGAAAGUGAGACGCCGGAAGAGGACGCCCUGAGCGAUGCGGACAAAAUCGUGAAUAGACCUCAACCAGGAGAGGCCAACGUCCUAGCUGAGGCACAAGCCGUAGAAGUCUACGAAGAACGGGGAAGUCCAGGAGAGGUCAUCGCGGAGGCCGCUGUAGACGAGCCAUACUUGUCUACUGCAGAUGAGAUGAUUUCCAAAAACGAUACAUCUGCAAUGCCCUUGUUGACUGUGGUUCAUGAACCCGGUGUUGGGGCGGAGGAAACAACUACAGCAACUGAUAGCACUGCAAGGGAAAAUGCUUCCCCUGCAGAAGCGGAAGCUGAGACGACGGAAGAGGCACCUGGGGCCGAAAUCAAUGAGAAUGCUCCUGCGCCAACUGCGCCAACUGUCGAGGGUAGCUACGUUAUGCAAACUUCUGCUGCCCAAGAUACGGAAGCACUACGGGAAAAGAUUGAAGAUCAAGAAGAAAUUGUCGUGCCUGUGGAGAGGCUCCAGCCCCGACUGUUGCACGAAGCAACAAAUGAAGGGCUGCCUUUUGACGUACAGACCAGCAAUGUGGCGUCAAACGAAGAUGAAGAUGUCCAGGAAGAUAGAAACACCGACGCGAAGAACAUCAAAUCAGAAGGACACAGUUCAGAUUGUAACCCUGCAGAUGCUAUUGAGAACAAUCAAUUGGCAAAGAGCACAAAUUUUAGUGAUGCGAAUACUGAGAUACGUUCUGGUGAAGCGAUGAGCGAAGAAGUGCGUGCUCUGCCUCAAGUACCAGCAGAGGAGUUUGUUCAAGCGACACAGGAAAUUAAGUUUGAAGGGACAGAAGAAAACUUUUCAACCAGGGUUGGAGCACCUUUGUUCGAGGGGACACCGCCUACGAUACCACCGCAGACUCUCGAAAGCAUUGCAGUAGCAGAGGACACUGAGGUUCAUCCGAGUGAGAAGGAAGCUGUGUCUCAGGAAGACGAAGCUGUGACUGAUGCAGCUAUCUCUGUGCCUGCGGCACCGAUUGUAGAGGGGCCUGAAGUCGAAGAGGAAACUGAUCCUGGGGUCAACGACGAGAAUGCUGAGUCCGCAUACACAGAAGAUGUGAAUGACGAUAUCAACGCCUGGCCAACUACUCGAGCUUUGGAGACUACUGACGUCGCAUGCACCGCAAACCUUGAACUUGAGGCGCACGAGAGGGACGCUGCUAUUUUUGAUGGAACAAGUAUAGCUGAGGAGUCCCCGGAUUUGCCUGCGCUUCCAAGGGAAGAACAUGCUAAAGAUGUCGUCGUUCGAGACGCAGGAAGUAUGAGGAAUGAGAUUCUCAUUGCGCGCGACGUUCCUUCUAACGAGUGCGAUGCAGUUGUUGAACCACAUGAAGAGGAAAUUGCAACACGUAUUGAAGGAGCUGUGGGCGGAGGCUCUGCAUCUGUGCAUGUGGCUUGUCGUUCAGAGAGCAAUGAGGUGUGGACAGAAACCGAGGCAAUACCUCUUCAAGAAGGUGAUUCAUUGCAUGGCGAGAAUGCCGUAGGCGAAGGCACGCCCACAACCCUUGAUGCUGGUGAGAGUAGUCUGCAAUGUACUGAUGAGGUGGUUAUGUCGCGUGUGGAGGAACCACAUGGUGAGCAAGCCUUUUCUACAGCUGAAGCGCAGGACGUGGAUACAACUCAUGUUGCAGAGAACGAUGCGGGUGAAGGGACCGGUGAAUUCACUGCAUCGCAUGUGGCUGAGGAAAUGAACGAAUUGACUUCACCUUUGUCUGGGGAGGCGGCGGAAGCGAGCCUUCAAGCGGCAAAGACCGGUGCUUUCGAGCAGAGAAGUGAAGAAAGCGUUUCGUGUAUUGACCAAAGCGCACGAAGGGAGGCACAGCCUCCUCUUUCAGAAGAACAAGCAGAACUGGUUGAAAGAGGAGAAAUUGGCGAGCUUCCGCCAGAUGGCGAGAAUGUCGCGGGGCAAAACAAGGAAGCCACAGCCGAGAUCCCAUUGCCCCCAACGGGGAAAGUCGACGCAGAGAGUAGUAGAGAAGGAACCUCUUCGUUAGAGAAUAUCUACCAUGUGUCUACCUCUGACGAUGUCCGCAUUGACGGAGAUGAGGAGGCGAGUGAUGGAGAUGCGGCUGAUGGGUCGGCUCUGGAUGCAACGGAUCACGUUGUUAGCCUAGGCAUGAUCCAGGAGAGUAACUAUCAUGGUGCCGAGACCCUUGGCACCGCAUUGGUGACUGCAAAAGGGGAUGCACCACAUGCGAUGGUGGGAGCGGAUGAAACCGCAGAAGUACCUGUGGAUAGCGUGUCUGCGUUGUACGUGAGGGACGCCGCCCCCGAUUCUGGAAUGGGAAGAACAAGUGGUUCUGAGAACGAAAAGGUGUAUGAGCGAACCGCAGUUGAAGAAAUCACAAUAGAGGGCAGGACCAGAGCUGAAGAAGUGGAGGGCAGCAAGGCUGUCGGCGCAAAUGCAGGAGAAUGUCCGUUGCGCGACACAGAAGAUGCGACGGCCAUAGACUCACCACGCGAUGUGUCCACUGCUGUACGGGGAGACGAAGUUGAGGUAGCCAAUGUAGAUGGACAGGCAGAUGUGGAGACAGCGGCCACCCCACGUCCGAGUGAGGGCUUUAAAACGGAUCGUCCAAGAAAUGCAUUGUGGAGACGGUGGAUGGCGACUGUGACCUCCUUUUUCGGCAUGAUAUUCUUCCAAGUUCUCAAGCUGGGUCCUCGUGCACGACGGGGGGAAGAUGUUCGAACAGAUGUCUCGAAACAGGAGUGAGUGGGCGGUGUUGGCGGCAUACUCGGAUACAGUGAGACUUGCUUUCGCAGUGGUCGGCCUCGUGGGGAGUGUUUACAUAGCUUGUGAAAGAACUUUUGGACGGGCUCUGGAGAGGCGCGAACGGCAACUGCCAUUUGUUGCAAGGAUGGUGUCAUGGCUGCUUGCCGGCCUUUACGUUUGUUACUAUUUGGAUUUCGCGUUUGAUGCCGUGGUGUGGGGCAUGCGGGAUAUCGGAGACGUUCUUUAUCCCAUCUACACGAUUAUUCUAGUUGUCGGAUGUGCAGUAUUGAAGUUAACGGGGAGAAGCAGGUGUGAGUAGUGCGUACUUCUUGCCAUCAGGGAUAGAUGCAUUAGUGUGAAGGUAGGUAACAUGUGGUUUAGUGCUACGGUAUUAAAGUACCUGUACACGAACAGUGCAAAUAAAUGCUUCAACGGUGGUGCACAGCGGUGGCGCCUCA